AACCGCAUUAUAUUUUUCUCCAUUUCACACGCUGCGAAUCAAAGCCACAACUCUCACAUACUUUGACCACUAAGAGCUUACCAUCGCCAGCCUCUCUCUUUCUUCCAUGGCUGCCCCACUCUGAUCUUUCCUUUCUGGAUGACACCAUAAGCAGAAGAAGCAGUCGAGCCUUUUAAAGAAGAAAAAGGCUAGAGAACCAUCCCUUUCUUCCUCUCUCCUCCUUUUUUCUCACUCGAACAAACCCUAAUAUACAGAGCCUCCUUCUCGUUCCAUCUCUCUCUCUCUCUCUCUCUCUCUCAGAAGCCCAUGUAAUUCACAGCGUCUCUCCGCAACUGCAAGUAGUAAUUAAAUUGAUGAUCCGUGUUCCCAGCUUGCAGACGCAUGUUGUUCUUGUCUGGUCAGAGAACAAGUGUCGUGUCGUGGGUCGCAGAUCAGAGGAUUAAAGACGUGGUCGUACUUUCUGAGAGGUGAUUUCUUCUUGCAGAAUCAGAAACAUGUGUAUCUUUUUCUCUUCCGCCCAUGCCUCAUUCUUAAAUGGGUAUGUCUAAGAAAGCAAAUCUCUCUGUGCUAUUCCCAUCUCCCUACCCUUCACGUCUUUCCACUUUCGGCUCUCUCUCUCUUUAUCUCUCAUGGAUUCCGGGAACAGUACUGGUAGUUUGCAAUCCUCCAGCGGCGGUGAUGACGAGUACGAUUCACGCGCCGAAUCCAUCUCCACCUUCUUCAACCACCCGAACCCACCCAUCCACGCAGGUUCUACACACUCAAACCCACCGCCUUUCUUCGAUCCUUCAUCCAAUUACUUGGAUCCAAUUCAAACGUCACCGUCGCUUUCCAGCUUCGACAUGGUUUGGUCCAGAACCGCUAGAUCCGACCCAAAUCGCUCCGAUCUCGGUGGCUUCAAUCCUUCUUCUUCCUCCAGCCAGCCUUUUUUCUCCAGUCAAUUGGGUGGUCAAACCACUCAGCACCCUCUCGUUCCAGAAAGUUACUCGCGAGGAUUAGUUUCUGUGUCCGGAGGCGACGGGAUUGAUCCGUCCGGCAACAACAACGUUGUACGGAACCCAAAGAAGCGAUCGAGAGCGUCGCGGCGUGCACCCACGACGGUUCUGACGACGGACACCACCAAUUUCCGAGCCAUGGUUCAGGAAUUCACUGGUAUACCGGCACCGCCUUUCUCUUCGUCGCCGUUCCAAAGAAGUCGCUUGGAUCUUCUUGGUUCUCACGCCGUAAGAUCUCCUCCUCCGCCGACUUAUAAUCUUCUUCGACCUUUUGCCCAGAAGCCUCAGUCUUAUCAUCAGCCAUUCCUGUCGUCAAUUCCGGCAUUUCCAUCAACGGUGGUGGACCCAUUGGCUUCUUCUUCGACUAAUUCAAACUCCAUUCUCCACCCGUCACUUUCUUCUGAUUUAUGCCUUCUCAAGCAGCCUAGUCUCAACGUCAACAUACACAACCCGUCACUCAACUUCCCAUCGAUCCACCUUGGAAGUUCCUCCAAUAGUCUGGCCUCUAAAACUCAAUCUCCUCUGGGAAUUCCGGCCAGUGCUGGCGAUAAUUCGCAUCUCAAAAUGGGCGUGCUGGAGGAAUUCGGAUUGAACCAUAACAUAGGUGGCCUUCAUCAUCAGAAUAUGGUUUCUUCAUCAUCGGAGUGGGCCGAGAGAACGGGUGCGACCAACAAUGGCGGUGAUCGUGGAGUUAUGAGGUCUGCGGGUGGCAACUUGGGAGAUUUAGAACGAGACACAAAUGGGAAAGUGAACUACUCAUCGGCUGCUUCAUCAGAUUUUCAUGGAGAGAAGACGACGGAUCAGUGUGUGACUGCAAGAAGUGAAGGUAUGGUGGAAUCGUGGAUUAAUUGUUCUACUGAUUAAGAAAAUCCAAAUGGGAAAGGAAUAAGAAAAAGGAGACAUUAUUUCUCACACACACAGUCCAAAAGGAAGAACGGAUGGUAGUGCAACGCCAAUGCAUGAAGACCCACGAAUCUUGGUACCCUCUCUUUUAAAACAUGACCAUCAAUUUUAAUCAAACAAUUAAUGUCUUUAUUAUUAUAAAUUUUUUCCCCCCAAACUUUAAUUUGUCCUUUGGGUCCCUUCAAAUUAUGUGUAAAUAAUAGCAGCAGCUAGCCUUUCCAUGAAUUCUCUUGGCUCUUUUGAUCAGCCCCCCUCAAUUUUAAAUUCUGCUUUUGAUAAUGAUCAUGAUGAUGGCUUAUUCUGGAUAUAUAUGCUUUUCUCACUGUGUCUCUCUGCUAGCUAGAAAUUAACUGGCAUCUCUGUUGUUUUCAUAUGAUAGCAGCAUGGGUCUUGGCUUUGACUUUGUACGUAUGAUAAACAUAAGAAAAUGAACAAUGUGAUGCAUUUGACUAGACAAACCCAUAUUUAUAUGUAUAAUAUCUUUACUCUUCAUGGUACGCCUUUUAUUA